AUGGAGGAGGAGUGUUAUAUUCAUCGGCCGCGUACGAGAGCUGAGUGUGGAUGUGAGGCGCCCUACGACUUUCACCCCCCGCCGAAGAAUGAAGAAUCCUUUCGUCUUUGGUUGAAAGCUUUGAAUUUGAAGAAACCACCGAAGCGACCGUUCGUGUGUUCUUUUCACUUCGUCGACAAGAGACCUACAGCAGACCACCCGAUACCAGAAAAGUGGCUGGGUUAUGAACUUCGCCUCAAGAGGAGGGCAGACACAGAUGACAGCCACUGUGAUGUUGGGGCUGACCAAGCCGCUUCACAGUCAGAGUCACCGAUGCAUAAAGAUGCUGACACACAGUGGGAGGUUCAGGCACUGACAGAUCACACCUACGUAGGAGAAAAGAAGGAUGUAUGCAACAGAGAAACACAAUGUGGUGGACAAGAACCUCUUGCCCAUGGCAUUCUGAAGAAUGACACUAGCUGUGUAUUAUACACAGGCCUUUCUCUCUGUGCCUUUUUUGAUCUUGUUAAAUAUCUGGAACAGUUCUAUAAAGCAAAUUUUAAGACACACUUAGUGGAUCAAAUAUUGAUGACCACAAUGAAACUUAAGUUAAAUCUACUCCAGGCCGAUCUUGCAGAACGUUUUGCUGUAUCCCAGGGGUUAGUGAGCCGGAUCAUCUCCUACUGGAUCGACACAAUGGAGGAGAACAUGAGGAUCUACAUUCCUUGGCUUCCACGGGAGACAAUCCGGAGCACAAUGCCUCAGUGCUUCCGGGAGACGUUCCCCAACACCACCUGCAUCAUUGACUGCACUGAAACCACCCUGCAGAAACCACAAAACCUUGACUCCAGAGGGGAGUCAUACGGCCAUUAUUAUUCAAGUAACACUAUUAAGUAUUUAGUUGCCAUUGCCCCUUGUGGACUUGUUAUGUUCAUUUCUCCUGCUUAUGGAGGUAGGUGUAGUGAUAAGUUCAUCACUCAGGAGUCUGGGUUCCUGGAGUAUCUUCGUCCUGGUGAUGAAGUGAUGGCAGACAGAGGUUUUCCCAUCAGAGAUUUGCUUUUUGAGAGAAAAGUUAACCUUGUUCUACCUGCAUUCACUCGUAAAGGAGGACAGUUGUCUGAUGAGGAUGUAACUGCGACAAGAAGGAUAGCAAAUGUCCGCAUACAUGUAGAAAGAGUCAUCCGGAGGCUGAAAGUUUUCAAAAUUAUCUCCCAGACAGUACCAAUCAACUUAGCAUACAAAAUGGACAAAAUCCUGAGGAUCUGUGCAGCCCUUGUAAACAUGCAGGGUGAAAUUAUUCACGAGGAUGCUGAUUGAGCAUGCAGGUUUUGGUUAUACAAAAAGAUCCAGACUUCCACUGAAAUUUCAAAUUUGUAUAUAGUUAUUUGACAGUUUACGGGGCCUUGAUUGUGCCUUCCUUUGUGUGUGAGUAUAUAUAUAUAUAUAUAUAUAUAUAUAUAUAUAUAUAUAUAUAUAUAUAUAUAUAU